UAUCGAUCCAUUAAAACAAGAGGCUUUAUUGGCUACCAACUCCCAUUCCAGAAAUGGCUGCAACUGAAGCUAACACUAUCCCCCAGGCCAACACAGAAUCCACCAUACAGUUGGCACGUCCUUUGGCCAACUUUCCUCCUUCGAUAUGGGGUGAUCGCUUCCUAUUAUUCUGUCCUGACAAUUCGCAAUUGGAAGCAUAUGGUAAAGCUAUGGAGCAGCCGAAAGAACAACUGAGAAGAUUGAUUGUAAACCCUGCUAUUGAUUCAAACGAAAAACUGAGCUUGAUUUAUUCAGUGUAUCGUCUUGGUUUGGCAUAUCUUUUCUCGGAAGAUAUUGAUGGCCAACUUGAUAAACUUUUCAACCAGCUUAACAUGCAAAGUUACCAUGAAGCAGAUCUCUAUACAAUAUCUAUUCACUUUCAAGUCUUUAGAAUCUUUGGUUACAAAUUUUCUUGUGACGUGUUCAACAAAUUCAAGGAUUUUAGUAUGGGUGAAAUCACGGAAGACAUUACUAUAGAUGCGAGGGGCAUGAUGAGUUUCUAUGAGAGUGCUCAGUUAAGAAUAAGUGGAGAAUCUAUCUUAGAUGAAGCCGUUUCAUUCCUAGAAAGUAAACUAAAAACCGUAGAGAAAACACUCCAAGGUGCUCUUGCACGACAAGUGAAACAUGUGUUGGAGAGACCUUUUCAUCGAGGGCAUCCAAUGUUUGAAGCAAGGCAGUAUUUGUUGAAUUUUGAAGAAGAAAUUUCUGGAUAUGACUCACUACUAACUCUUGCAAAAGUGCAUUUCAACUACUUGCAACUCCUACAGAAGGAAGAACUUCGAAUUGUAUCAAAGUGGUGGAAGGAGUUGGAAUUACAAGUGAAAACAUCUUAUGUAAGAGAUAGAGUGCCUGAGUGCUAUGUAUGGAUAUUAUCACUAUUCUCGGAGCCUUAUUACUCUCAAGCCCGAAUCAUAACAACCAAAGUUAUACUACUUGUGUUGGUGUUAGAUGAUACAUAUGAUGCAUAUGCUACAAUCGAAGAGAUCCGGCUUCUAACAGAUGCAAUAAACAGGUGGGACAUUAGUGCGAUGAUGCAACUACCAGAAUAUAUAAAACCAUUCUACGAAAUUAUAUUGAAUGAGUAUGCUGAAUUCAAGAAACAAGGAUUAACUGAUUUUACCGAGGCAUCAAAAAAAGCUUUUCAAGAACAAGCAAGAGGCUACCAUCAAGAAGCUGAAUGGAGGCAUAGAAGAGAGGUGCCGUCAUUUGAGGAAUAUAUGAGGAUUGGGUUACCAACAUCAACACAUGACCUUCUAUGUAAGUCUGCCUUAAUUGGUAUGGGCAAGAUUGUCACCCAAGAGGCUUAUGCUUGGUACCAAAGUCAUCCGAAGAUCAUGAUAGCUUCACAGACGAUUUCAAGACUCCAAGAUGACGUGAUGACUGUUGAGUUUGAGCGUGAAAGAGCUCCAUCGGCCACAGGUAUAGAUGCAUAUAUGAAGACUUUUGGGGUGUCAGAAAAUGUUGCUGUGGAGGCAAUAAAAAAAAUGGUUGAAAAUGCUUGGAAAGAUAUAAACGAGGGGUGUCUAAAGCCAAGGGAGGUCCCAAUGGAUCUACUCGCUCCAAUUGUUAACCUUGCACGAAUGAUAGAUGUGGCGUACAAACACAAUGAUGGGUUCACUUUUCCAGAAAAGACACUUAAGGAAAUUAUUACACUCUUGCUCUGUGUUUCAGUCCCCAUGUAACAACCAGUGUGUUCGUUAUUACUGUUUUAUAUCUUCCUUUAUGUAUUGAUGACUAAGAAUAUCCAGUA